AUGAAGAAACUCUCAUUCACAAUCUUGUGUUGUUUGGCCAUUCUUUCCGUGUCCAUCAUUGCAGUUUCCGCAUCCUCUUCCUUCUUGGCAGAAAUUGUCGAAUUGGCAGAUUCUUACAAGGGUGGUUCCAGUGGCGGUGGCGGUGGCGGUGGUUCUGGUGGUGGUCGUGGAGGUUCUGGUGGUUCCAGAGGUGGUGGUAGCCGUGGAGGUAGCUCUGGUAGCAGAGGAGGUUCCAGAGGUGGAAGAUCCAGUGGUCAAUCAGGUAGAUCAGGUAGAUCAGGUAGAUCCAAUGGAAGAUCCAGUGGUGGUAAAUCCAAUGGUAGAUCAUCAGGUAAAACUGGACGAUCUGGACCAUCUUCCAAAUCAACCAAAUCAAAUAAGGGUCUUGCAGGUAGAAUGGCAGGUAGAACUCGUACUGCAGGUCUCAAAGCAGCUCAAGCUCGUGCUUCUCUUUCCAAAUUAGCCAACUCAAUUACCAGUAAAUUCUCAAAAGUUAGUCCUACAUUGAGUAAGGCAUUUACUGGAUUAGUUGGUCCAAAUAUGGCAAAGGCAUUCUCUGCUAUGGCUAAGGCUGCUGCUGUGAAUGUUAAGGGUCCACGUGUCAAUUCAUUAACUGCUCGUUUUAAUGCUGCUUUUGCUGCUCAACCUGCAGUCACUGGAAAGUUGACAGCUGCUGCCAUUCAAACAUCUGUCAAAAAUAGAGCUCUAGCUCAACAACCUGCUGCUGCUUCUGUUGCAACUGUUUCUGGUUACAAGAUUGAUAAGGGUUUACUUACUAAGAAUGAAGCAUUCUCUACUAAGGGUUACGUUCCACAAUCCAAGUCAGGUACUGUCGUUGGUAAAUCAGGUGUUACUGUUGGUACUGGUUUCGAUAUUGGACAACAAAAUGUUAAGGGUUUGAAAUCUCUUGGACUUUCACCUAGUUUAGUCGAUAAACUUUCUCCAUAUACUGGUUUGAAACAACAAGCUGCCAAGAAUUUCCUAUCAAAGAAUCCAUUAUCCCUAUCACCUGCUGAAGCUAAAGCCAUUGAUAAGGCAGUUAUGGACAAGUCACUUGCCUCCUUGGCCAAAGAUUAUGAAGCAGCUGCUGCCAAAAAUCCAAAUGCUGUCAAGAAUUUCAAGGAUUUGCCAUCAUCUGUCCAAUCAGUUGCUUACAGUGUCCAACAUCAAUAUGGAAGUAUUAAGAAGGCCACUCCUGGAUUUUUUGGUCAAUUGACUAAGAAUGAUUAUAAGGGAAUGGUUAAUAAUUUGAGAAACUUUGGUGAUAAAUAUUCUACUAGAAGAAAUCGUGAAGCUGAUCAUUUGGAAAGUGGUUUGAAGGGUGCUUCAGGAUAAAUCAAUUCAAAUACUAAAGGAUAAAUUCAAAUUGUUGUU